UCGAGGCGCUAUUUCUUUUACAACCAUCAUUUAAUUUAAAUUUUUUUUCUUCAUAUUUAUAAUGAAAAAAAUUAGAAAAGUAAAUAAUAACAAUCAAGGCAUAAAACGAUAUUUAUCGCCACAACCAUCAAACAUACGCAACAAAAAACAGCGCAAAACAGUUGACCUAACCGAUGGUGAUACAGAACGUAAUGAUGGUGGAGUGUUUGCGUAUAAAAGGAAUACUAAUGAUGAUGAAAUUAAGAACAAGGACUCCAGUUCAAAAGACUGUCUCCAACUCAAAGCUACAAUUGCUCCCAAUAAAUCAAAUGAAAACAUUAACUGGAAUACCUUUGUUCAAGACCCUGGAGAAUUAUAUGAACAGCGUUAUCCAGUAUCAUUUAGUACAUUUAAAACUAUGACUCAUUGUUUGAAUGUAAUCAAACGGAUACUUGAAGAUAUAAGGGUUGCAACUGGAAUCGAUUUCACAAAUGAUGAAUUAAUAAAGGAGCGAGUAUUGAAAAAUUUUUACAUACAGUUUUAUGAACAGCCGCAAAUACGAAAUGUAUAUCAGCUGGAGACAAAGGCUUGUCCAACAUUUGUUAAAAAGAAAAUUAUGCAGAUACCAACAUUGUCUGAUGAAUCUAACAGAGAUACCAACGCCAAUGAAGCUGCUAAGAUGACAGCAGAUAAAUGUAGUAAAGGCGCUGCCAUUCAAACAAUUAAGCACAGUAAACCAGUAGAAACAAAUGAUAAUUCAUUACCUGCCAUUAGCAAUUCAGAUGAUUUGUGGGCCGCUGGAAAACCAGUUGCGCUGAAUCUUUUAAAAGGGCAGACACCUCAGAACAUUGAUAUUUUAAAUGACACAAGGCUACCACUUGAGCAGGAGUUGAUAAAAAGUAAAAAUUUGAAUGUCGCUGACAAACCGAUUGAACAGGAGUGUGUAGAAGUGCAAUCAUCUCAGAGCGUUAAUCACUGCGAAGCCACAAAUGUUCAGAGUCAGCUAGAGAACUUAGAAGCACAAUCGUCUAAAAAAGAAGAAAUCUCACUUCCACAGCAAAGAGUCACCCCAACCGUCUGCAGACCUACAAAGAAGAUUUAUAUUUCGAAAAGUGUAGCCUUCGCCAAUUUGGACUUUUUGAAAGCCCAUAUAAAGCGACGGGUUCCAGACGAGGGAAAACAACAAAUAAUAUUAGAGCGUAUUGCUUUAGAGUUGUUACAACAAAACAAAUAUGCUCGAAUAGGGAACCUAAUAAAACAAGAAUUCGCUGUAAAAGAGAAGUCGGCUGAUGUAGAUGAAAAUGUAAUUGAUAUCACCGAUAAAAGUUCUCAAGUGGCUUUAGUUGAUUUAUCGCAAAAAGAACGCGUACAACAAGCAAAGGCCUUAUUCUUUCAGGUUUUCCCAAAGACGAAUACGCUUCCAUAUGCUCUACGUUUUCAUAAAGGUCUCAAGCGACAUAUAAUAGCCGCAAUAUUAGAAAUGUCAAUGGAAGAAUUUAAAAAAUAUACUAGAAUCCAUGAUGCGGCAGAAAUUUACGAUGACUCUGAAUUGCUAGAAACUCUUUACCACUACACUAUUAAAUCAAAUCAAAUUUGGCCUCAAAAUUUGUAUAUGCCAUUAAAUGAUUUGCGUGAAUAUCUGAAAGCAAAAGGUGUACAUAUAGCUGACGAUAACUUGGAAGAUAUUUCUCCAAUGCUGCUACACUGGCAGGAGUUGAGUGAGAUAACGAAUUUCGAUGAGAUUGUGCGUUGGGAUUAUUAUCGCUGUAAGGGAGAAAUAUUUGAUAAAGAUAUGGACUCCUUUGGGAUAUAUCGUAAGACAUUUUAUGAAAAAUGUUGGUUAUAUAAUAACUGGUUGAGAGAAGUGCCGAAACUAUUAAUUACGGUGGAUAAUAUUAGUAAGGAAAAAUACGGAAUAACGCCAAUGGAGGUUGAUGAAGAUACGGAGGGUGCAGAAAGCACUAAUAAAUGCGAAAAUAAUCAGAAUGUUGAGUCGGAACAAAGAAUGAAUGCUGCUCCGGAAGCGGAGGCUGUUGAUGAAAUCGUAGAAGCGAUAACCCAUGAAGCACACACUAAUGAAAUGGAUGUAGAUCAUGCCGAGGAGAGUAUAAAUACGCCGUUGGCAGUUAAAAAUGCUGAGCAUUCUAACGAAACUAGUUUAGCACAAAACGAUGACGCUUGUGUUGUGGCGAACCAAGCUGAAAAUGUCGCACAAAUCAAUGUUGUGAUUGCUGAACCUAUCGCCGACACAAGUACCGUGCACAGAGAGACACUAGAUGAUCAAUUAACACCAGAAAUUUUUUGUAAUUCUACGCUGAAUGUUGAAAUAUCAACAGAAAAUCAGCAUGCCAUGCUUAGAGAUGCUGCAGCUAAGCAGACACCAACAUCAGUAGCAUUAGAUGAGACACCAAGUCAAGACUGUAAAAUAAGUGGCAGAGAAAUAAUUACGCAACAGCGCUUACAAAGAGCCAAAGAAUUGUAUUUUAAAGAAGUCGAAAAGACAUGUACACUCGCCUAUCUCGUGCGUUUUCACAAUGGUUUAAAACGUCAUAUACUCCAAGCUAUACUAAGCAUGUCCUUUGAAGAGUUCAAGGAGUAUACACAUAUUUACGAUGCAGCAGAGAUUUACAAUGACUCAGUGCUCUUGCAACGUUGUUAUGAGUAUGCGCUAAAGAAGCCACAAGUGUGGCCCAUUAAUCUCUACAUACAUCUACCUAAUCUCUUUAAAUACCUGCAAACCAAAGAUAUCACACUCAGUGAAGCCGACCUUAAACAUAUUUCGCCGAAAUUAUUACAUUGGCACGAAUUAACUACAUUAACCAAUUACGAUUACAUAGUUGCAUGGGACCACUAUAGAAGUAGUGGGAAGAAAAUGCGUAAGAAUAAAGCACUACGCGAACCAUAUCGUCAGAAAUUUUAUACGAAAUGUUGGUUUUACGACAAAUGGUUAUGGUAUACGCCGAAGCUUUCAACUAUAAUACUUAGCGAGGAUUCGAUGGAGCGCAGUGAAACUGUUAUCAAAGAGGAAAGUAAUGAAAAUACAGUUUUUGAGCAAUCGGUUGUAGUACAUGCCAUAACAGAAAGUGAGCGCGAUGUAGUUGAGAGUCCAAAAAGCAAAGGGGGGCACGACCGAGAGAAUAGUGCUGGGCAUGAGCAUGCUGCGAGCGCCAUAGCGUUGCCUACAAAUAAUGCGCGUACUGUUUGUAUGGUUGAUGCGGAGAUACAAACAUCGCAAAGACUACUUGCCACUUUAACUGAUUUACAGACCGUUGUGCCCAAUACAGCAUUGAGGCCAAUCCCUGAACCCUUUCCACUGCCUGGCAAGGCCAUCAAAGAAGAGAAACUUGAACCACUCAAUAAAUUGCAAUUCAAUCUCACCAAAGAUGAGGAAAACUAUGAGUGUGUGCCAUUACCAGACGAUGUAGUCGAUUUGGAUACCUCCGCAGCGUCCGCACAGUCGACGGAGCAGUUAUUAUCGCCACUUUCGAACUCGGAAACUUUGGCGACCCAGGACUUUACCUCAUUAGUAGCGUGCGAAUCAGGUGUAGGUAGGAAUGGAGAUAAGCGAAGUGAAAGCCCAAAUUACGAAUUGAAUACGCAAUGCAACUGGGAAAGCGAAACGCUUGUACAGAAUGCAGGCCAAAAUGAAGGAGAGACGGAUGAGAUUAGUUCGCCACCAUUGGAGCAGGAACCAAUCGAAGGUCAACCACAAACCAAGCCCAGAAGAGACGGUAUAGUUCAAGGACAAAAUCAACAAGUAGAACUCCCUACCAUUUCACCAUUGCAAAAGCCAAUUUCACGCCAAGUAAAGCAAGAGAUAAUUGAGCAACAACAAAAACAAGCUGAUGUAACGAAGGAACGACCACAAAAGGCUUUACAAAAGAUACAAUUGGACGCAGCAAUGACACGAAUUUUCGAAGCUAAUUUGUUGUUACAAAAGCGAAAACAAAAAGAAAAGCAACAACAACAGCAACGCGCGAAGAAAUUAAAAAGUGCGGCAGUGGCUUUAAAAAAACAUCAACAAUUGUUGAAAAAUAACCAACAUCAACGAAAAUCUGUAGAAAAUGCAAACCAACAAGAAAAAUCGAUAGAAAAUAACCAACAAGAAAAAUCGAUAGAAAAUAACCAACAAGAAAAAUCGAUAAAAAGUGAUAAAAGUGAUCAAUCGAAAGAAAACGAACAACAAAAACAAUCGCUAGAAAAGAAAUCACAGCAAUCGGUAAAAACUAGACAUCAACGAAAAUCCGUAGAAAAUGAACAACAACAAGAAAAAUCGAUAGAAAAUAACCAACCAGAAAAAUCGAUAGAAAAUAAUCAACAAGAAAAAUCGAUAGAAAGUGGUCAACAACAAGAAAAAUCGAUAGAAAAUAAUCAACAGAAACAAUCGAAAGAAAACGAACAACAAAAACAAUCGCUAGAAAAGAAACCACAACAAUCGGAAAAGGAAUUAAAUCAAUUAGCAGAUGAGCAGAUUUCCAAAGGACAACAACAAAAUGAAGAAGAAAAUACGCAAAGGUCUUUUGAAAAGACCGAGGCAUUUACAGCUCAUCAACAGCAACAAAGUUCAUUCGAACUACAAUCAAUACAACGCAAAAAAAUAGAACAAGAAAAAACUGGUGAAACGCAAAAAAUUGAAAAAUCACAACAAUUACCGGUCGAAAAGGAAGGCACCAAGCUAAAUACAUUACAACAGCCGCGUACACAGCAAUGUGUACAGCAAGAAGAAAAGAGUCAGUCUCAUCAACGGGAACAAACUCAACAAAAACAACAUCAACCAACUCAACAAAAACAUACCCAACAAGCAGAAAGUGAGGACUUAACUAAAUGGUUGCUGAAAGUCACCACGCAAUAUCAGCAACUUCAACAUCAGCAACAAGAAUCCGUGGUACAACAACAACAACAACAAACUGAUGAGAAGCAACAGCCAAUACAACAACAACAACAACAACGGCGUGAACAACAACAGUGUCAUGAACAAGGACAAAAACAGCAAAAUUUGUUUACUAAUGAACACAAAAAACUACAACAACAGCUGCAACAAUACUCCCAUCCAGAAAUACUUCUCCAACGUACCAGCACACAGAUUCAGGAGCAACUUGUGCUCCGAUCAUCUGCCGGCACUUUGACAGCAACAAAUCUGCCACCCUUAAAUCAGCCAGCUAAUCGAUCCACAACAACAACGUCAACUGCAACUAAAACGAAAACCGUAAAGCAGGCAAGAGCUACAACAACAACAACAACAUUGCGAAAAGCUGCAAAAAUUAGCGAUUAUGUGCCACAGCUAACACAUGCUUUUCAGCCCUUACCCAUUGGCUUGAAUACGAAGAAAGCACUUUCGCAAUUCGCGGCGUCUACAGUAACAUCAACAGCAACAGCAACAGCAACAGCAACAUCAACAUCAACAUCUACAGCAACAGCAACAGCAACAGCGAUUGAUGAACUACAAAAUCAAUUUGGUGGUCAACAAAUUAUUCCAGCGCAUAAUUUAGCUUUGAGUCCAACGGCAACAACAAUGGCAGCAGCAACAGCAACAGCAACAGCUACGCCACCUGUGUUGCUCGCGCUACCGGUGUCUGUAAGCAAUGUUAACAACGUCAGCGGCGGCAAUAACUCCUUUGUUUUUUCGUUGAGCGGUGAUAAUACAUUAUUUAAUAGUUCCGAGUUGUUUCGCAUACUUGAGGGAAUUCAAUUGCAACGAUGUCAGCACGAACAACAGCUACAACAUCAGCAACUACAACAACAACAACAACAACAGCAAUUGCAGGUUCAAAUGCUACAACUGCCGCAGCAAAUACAGGUAUUUGACCGAAACUCGUCACAGCCAUUGGUGUUUUUGCGUCCAGAUAUAUUGCAACAGCAUCAGCAGCAGCAGCAACAACAACAAAUGCAACUACCACAACAACUACAGCAAUUGCAAAUACCACAAUUGCAACAACAACAGCCUCUACAACAGCCUCUACAACAAUCCCAACUGCAACUAUUGCAACAGCAAGCUCAACUACAACAACUGCAACAACAGCAGGGACAAUUGCAACAGCAGCCGGGACAAUUGCAACAGCAGCCGCAGCUGUUACAACAACAAUUUUCCCAGCUACAGCUACCAGAGCAACAAUUGAUGCCGUAUAAUCAGACACUGAUGAUGGAGCGGCAUCAGCAACAACACUAUGAGCCACCCAUGCAAAUCUCUCAACCCCUUGCGUUGCUUAACGUGGAUGCAGAACACCAGCAGCAACAGCAAAACCAGUCAUAUCAGUUGUUAUCGUCAACCCAACAACAACAACAUGUCUGUCAAUUAGUGGAUACUCUACAGACGCUGCGCUGCGCUGGCAGUGAAGAAAACGAAAACACCAAACGGCAGCAGCAAUCGUCAGAAUAUGGAGUACAAGAAGUCGGCAUCACAAAUUCGCUGCAACAACAUACACACCUACUUACCGAAAACAAACACCCAUUAACAAAUACAACCAACGAUAUGUUACAGGUAAAUAUUUGUGUAAAGCACACUUUUACCAACACACCAAUACACUCACCUAAUCUAGUGACACCAUCGUUGCCCUCACCAAAAGGUCCAACUCGUAUGUGUACACCAGCAGGUCUCAAGCGUUUCUUUUGUCGUAGAUUAGAGAAAUUAGAUUACUUUAGUGAAGUAACCGCAUUAAAUAUUGCUGAAUAUCAACUGCAAUGCUCGAGCAUCGGGCAAUCCUAUUUACAAGCGAAACUCCGUACAACACAGUUGCGUACGAUGGUACAUGGCGAUAUUAUGGCAGCUUUACUACCACGUUGUACACCAAAAAUGAUAGAAGACUUACAGCUACUGCUCCAAUAUGUUGGUGAGUUUCAUUUUGAUAUGUGGCAGCAACAGCGACAACGUAAAUUCAUUUCCAAAUCUACGCACCGUACGCUGCAUACACUGUGCGCACACGUGCUGCUACUAUUUUUCGCAUACUCAACGCCUUUUCAAACGAAAUGUUUGAGUUCGGUUGAAGAAACGCAUUGCCUUGAGCCGGGCAAUGUUUUGAGUACUUGUAUAGCAGGCGUGUCGGCGAAUAGGGUGGAGCAGAGUUUUGGCGAGUUGAGUAUGGCUGUUGAUCCAAGCAUAUUGGCGCAGAUGGCUGUAUUAAAGCGGAAUUUAUGACUAAUUUUCGAGAGAUUUUUAUGCUGGCUCUCCCUAAGACUGUAUUGCAUUGUGUUUUUUAAGCUAUAUUUUCAAGAAAAGUUCGAUUAGAUUUUUUAGUAUAAUACCAAGCAGAUUAGAACUUUAUGUAAAGAUUAGAGUGGUCUAAAAGGUUAAUUAUGGACUGUUAAUUAUUUUUAGUAUACAUUGUUGAGUAUUUCAUAAAUCACGUAACUGUUAGUGGUAUUCAAGUUUAUUUUUGUAAAAGUAUGGCAUUUUUCUGCUAUUAAAACUGCCAGGGCGAUUACAAAGCACCGAAAAUAAAUUGGUCAACACUCCUUUCCCAAUGGAAAUGCACUACAGUUCAAAGGUCUCGACGUUUGCAUAUUUUUGGUUAGAUUAAUUAAGUAAUGUAUUACAUUUUAAUAAAGCAAUUAAAAAAAUUUCAAU